AUGGACAGACCAGGCCCGGCAAAUCCUCGGCACAUCUGCGAAAUAGGCACAACCGAAGCGGCACGAGAGGCGGUAGAUUUGUCCUCCACGGAGAAAGGCAGCUUUCUUCAUUACCGAAAUCUCCACCUAGAGUCUGAAAAUCGUGCCUUGAAAAGCACACCGAGCCCUAAAGCCCAUGUCCGCAAUGGCACGUAUGUCGGGAUAAGAGACGCAAAUUAUCAGCAAGACUUUUUCCUGGGAAUACAAUAUGCUCAGCAGCCGGUGGGUGAUCUGCGAUUCUCCGUGCCAAAAUCUCUAAACGAGAGUUGGGAAGGCGAACGCAAUGCGACAGAAUAUUCUGAUAUCUGUGUCGGCUAUGGAACAGAUUCUAUCUGGUAUCCCAUGUCUGAAGCCUGUCUAACCCUGAACGUUAUCCGGGGAUCAUCAGUGGACCAGGACUCGAAUGGUCUCCCUGUCGGCGUUUGGAUCCAUGGAGGCGGGUUCUACAUGGGAUCUGGUGCAGAUCAGCGCUAUAACAUGUCUGCCAUCGUGUCAAACUCAUAUGAAAUCGGCAAACCCUUUAUUGCCGUGACCCUCAAUUAUCGGCUUUCGGCUUGGGGUUUCUUGAGUUCCAGCCAAGUCACUGGCAGUGGCAAUACUAACCUUGGUCUCCGAGAUCAGAGGUUGGCACUACAAUGGAUCCGUGAGAAUAUUCAGGCAUUUGGGGGGAAUCCAGACAAAGUCACAAUAUGGGGAGAGUCAGCAGGAGCCGUGUCGGUUGGCUAUCAUCUAACCGCAUACGGUGGAAGAGAUGAUGGCCUAUUCCGCGGAGCGAUCAUGCAAUCCGGAGGCUCGAUCGCAUCCAAUCCAUCUAACCACACCGAAUAUCAAGAUCAGUACGAUGACUUGGUGCUAAAACUUAAUUGCUCAGACGUGGCCGACACGCUGCAGUGUCUGCGCGAAGUUCCAUUUCCGGAAUUAAACUCUGUGCUCAAUGGUACUGACGGCCAAUCGGAAUAUAACUUCUCCCCAGUGCUGGAUGGCGACCUAAUCAGGAACUGGGGGAGCGUGCAUCUAGAUCGACAUGAAUUCGUCCGCGUGCCUAUUAUUGCUGGCACCAAUACCGACGAAGGAACAGCCUUUGGCCCUACGGGGAUCAACACGACGGCACAAUUCUACUCGUAUCUCACAGACGGCUCGUUCCGUUUCCAAAUCCCCCCCACGAUAGCAAACCAGAUCCUUAAGCUUUACCCCGACGACCCAUCACAAGGCAUCCCAUCAUACCUGGGAAACAAGCGAGUGCCAUCCAAUGGAUAUCAAUGGCGACGCACAUCGGCCUUCGCAGGGGACUUCUCCAUGCACGCAAACCGACGACGACAAUGCGAAGUGUGGGCGGAAACCUCUACCAUAGCAUAUUGCUAUCGAUUUAAUGUGCGUAGUGCUUCCGUUCCAUACCUCUCUGGUGCCACGCAUUUCGAGGAAGUGGCCUUUGUCUUUCACAACUACGCCGGGCUUGGGUACCAUUACGGGAAACCAUUCACAGGGAUGCCCGAGGCGUACAAAGUUCUGAGCAGACUGAUGGCGAGCAUGUGGGCGUCGUUCAUCCACGACCUAGAUCCGAAUUCGGGCAUCAACAGUUCACAAUGGAAUGCGUAUGGGUGGUCCGCUCCGCCGGUUGAUCUGGUGUUUGAUGCCAACGUGACGAGCUCUCUGGAGCCGGACACGUGGCGCAAGGAAGGUAUUGAUUACAUCAACUCUAUGGCGAGGGCGUUCUGGCGAUGA